AGUCAGUCAGCUUCAGCACCACGAGCACGAUGGCCCUCGCGCUCGCCACGACCCCACUCGCGCAUCUCGCCCUUGCCCCGCCCUCGAUCUUCGGCUCCCAGUCCUCGCUGCUGCUGCUCCCGCGCCGCGCGUCGCCCGCCCCCGUCUCCCUCUCCCACCGCCGCAUCAUCGCGGCCGUCGCGACCAAGGAACCCGAGCUCGGCGGCGGCGGAUCGGGGGCCGGCGACGGUGCCGGAGGGAGCGGCGGCGGCAGCGACCCGAGGGGAGGAGGGCAGGAAGGAGACGGGGAGGAAGAGAAGAUGGGGCAGGGCCUGUCCAUGUCGCAGAAACUCACCCUCGCCUACGCCGCGCUCGUCGGAGCUGGUGGUGUAAUGGGAUAUAUGAAGAGUGGAAGCCAGAAAUCCUUGGCUGCAGGAGGCAUAUCAGCCCUGGUCCUGUACGUCGUCCACACUCAACUCCCAGUGAGACCUGUCCUCGCAUCAUCGAUCGGUUUAGGUAUAUCGGCCGCGCUACUGUCAGUGAUGGGGUCGCGCUUCAAGAAGUCCGGGAAGGUAUUCCCUGCCGGCGUCGUGUCCCUUGUAUCCCUGGUUAUGGUCGGAGGCUACUUCCACGGGAUCUUGCGUAGCUCGCACGCGUGAUGCAGCCUGUGGUCUUUUCUGUUCCGUAAUGCAAUUUGGCUCCCCCUUUGAACUGUUUCUCUGUUUCACUUCUCGGUGGAUGUUUUGUAUCCGUUCUCAACUUUAGUUCAUCUUUUGUGACAGUGGGCAAUAAUAACCAAUAAGCAUGUGAGAGCUGAUAGAGGUGAAGUUUAAGC